AUGGUGCGCUGGGUGGGCUUUCAUCUGAUCGCCCUUGCGGCCGGGCUCCGGUCAAAGAGCGACCCGUCCUGGCCCUGGGAGGAGCACCGUGCGAGCUCUGCCGAAGAGGUUCAGGAACUCCUGAGCGCAGUGCUAGCGCAGAGCAACACAGCUGAGGUCACAGUGGAAGAGCCCGGAGAUGUAGAGGCACAGGAGAAGACGCUUCGAGAGCGGAUUGCCCGCAUCAGGAAGGACUGGCAGAGUGCCAGCGCAACCGCUUGCCAUCAACAGCUUGGGCGGUUGAUAAAUAACCUCACGCUUGCGUGCAACGGCUUGCAACCGAAAGCCGACUGGCUUCUCGACUACUACAUGCCGGCCCUUCCGAACAAGACUUGUGCCGACAGCGUCAGCGACAUCUUCGCGUUAGGAAACGAAUUGGUGGAAACCCUUCGCGUCUCCAGAGGUGCUGUAGCUUCCGCGGAUGUGGCAGGCGAAGAUCUUCGUCGAUAUCAGGCACUCUCCUUUCUGCGGAGCUGGCUGGUGGACCUGACCCGGACUCAUCAUCGUGCGCUGCUUUGGGCUGGCUUCUGGGACGGGGACCCCGAGAACCGCACGACGCAGACAGCGCUCUCCAACUUUGCCAAAAGAAUAGAGCACGCGACCGUGCACCCGUACACCUUCUUGGGCCAAGCCAUCGAGGCGAGCGAGAACCUCGACGCCUGCUACGAGGAUGCCCAGACCAAUGCGCUCGCAGUGAACAUGUGGUCCAUCGCAAGCAUGAGCUUCGUGCUCGGGAUGCGCGAAAGGGCACAGGGAACGGUCAUUGCACUGGUCAACAAGCAGAUCGCGGGCGAGCGUAACUUGUCGCAGUCCGUGCUGUCCACGCAUGAAAUCCCAACAGUGGGGCUCGCAGCCUGGGGCCUCGGGUUCUGGUCUCCAAAAGUGCUGGUCGUGGACCUCAUGGGCACCUGUGACCAGACGAGCCCGGCGCUGCAGAAGCGCCUCCUCGCCCGCCUUCCCUCCUGGGCCAAAUCGGCCAAUUCAAUCAUGCACUGGUACUGGAGCCCAGAAUUCUUCACGGCGAGGUCGCGGCUCCAGUGGCAGUGCAUCGACUGCUCGGGGGCUUGCAGCCUGGACGAGGCUUUCGCAGAGCACGUGGAGAAGAUGGUCAAGGCCAAGGAGCAGCAGGACCGGAAAGACCAAGAGCUCCUCCAGGUCGUGAGUCCACAGCUCGCAAAAGAAGCCGCGGCUGGGUUCAGUGGAGAGGAGGUGCGCAUCGCGAACACGAUAUAUUCACAUGUCUCAGAUUUCAAACUCGACCUGCCGGCGAAGGAGAAGCUGUCCGAACACAGGGACCAACUGUACAGGGACCAAUUUCGCAUGAACCACGAGCUCGGGCGCUGGAAGGCGAAAAUACCUGCCAGCCAGCAUCUUCGGGUGGAGCAACUUCUUCGUGGCAAUGCGGAUCCGAGCUCUCUGGACCGGCUCGGCCGCACAGCCCUCAUGGAAGCUGCCUUCAGUGGCCACCUGAAGGUGGUCGAGGUCUUGCUGAAGGCAGGAGCCCAGGUGAAGGCCCGCAGUGAUCAAGCCGAAACGGCCUACACAGUCGCAGCAACGCAGGGCCACCUGAACGUGGUCGAGACGUUGGUGCGGGCCGGAGCGUCGAGGUACUGGUGA